AUGAGCACACCUAGCUGUGAACAGUUAACCCACUUCCUCAAUGCACUUUCUCUAAGCAAAAGCAGCGGCGGAGGUGGAGACGUCCACCAGGGUUUCCAGAACCUUCUCAUCGAAGUUAACAGGACCGGCACACAGUACUUGCUCCGAACCGUCAACAGGCUCUUUGGAGAGAAGACUUAUGGUUUCCUCCCAUCUUUCAAAGAUUCCUGCCGCAAAUUCAACCAAGCAGAGAUGAAAGAGCUGGACUUUAUCAGUGCUGCGGAGGAAUCCAGGAAACACAUAAACACCUGGGUAGCCCAAAGGACAGAAGGAAAAAUUACAGACCUGCUGUCUCCAAAUUCAGUGGACCCCAUGACUUGUCUGGUUCUCGUGAAUGCCACCUACUUCAAAGGAAACUGGGAGAAUCAGUUUAACAAGCAGCACACCAAGGAAAGGCUGUUCAAAGUCCGCAAGAAUGUGGAGAAGCCUGUGCAAAUGAUGAUCAAGAAAUCCACCUUUAAAAUGACCUACAUCGGAGAGAUAUUCACGAAGAUUCUGGUGCUUCCCUACGUCGGCAGGGAGCUCAAUAUGAUCAUCAUGCUUCCCCAUGGAAACACCGAUUUGAAAACGGUGGAAAAGGAACUUGCUUAUGAGAAAUUUGUCGAGUGGACGAGGCCAGACCUGAUGGAGGAGGAGGAGGUGGAGGUGUCCCUGCCCAGGUUUAAGCUGGGGGAGAGCUACAACAUGGAGGGCGUCCUCCGCACCCUGGGUGUGACCGACGCCUUCGAGGACACCAGGGCGGAUUUCUCCACGAUGUCGUCCAGGAAGGACCUGCUCCUGUCCCAGGUCGCGCACAAGACCUUUGUGGAGGUCGACGAGGAGGGCACAGAGGCGGCUGCGGCCACCGCCGCAGUCCUAAUGCUGUGCUGCGCCAGAAUCACCCCCAGGUUCUGUGCCGACCACCCUUUCCCCUUCUUUAUCCAGAACAGUAAGACCAGUGGGCUUCUGUUCUGCGGCCGGCUCAGCUCCCCGUGA